AUGGAGAAAGGGUCUGAAAGGCCAGAGAGGGAUGUCGAGUCGGGAAGAGAAGGCAUUUCCCACUGGAAGAUGAUCAUGGACCAGGGUGCGGUCACCAACGAAAUCAUCGACUGGGAAUAUGAUGGCGAGGGCACAGAAGAAGAUCCCUUCGUCGUCGAAUGGAUAGACAACGACCCAAGGAAUCCCAUGACGUUCACCAAGACUAAAAAAUGGAUCAUGGCUCUUGCCGUCGCCAAUUCCGUCUUGGUCGUUUCUUUCUGUUCAUCUGCAUUUUCUGGAGGUAUCCAGCAGGUCAUGGUCGAGUUUGGUGUUAGCCAGAUCGUCGUCACACUCGGUGUCUCGCUUUUCGUCCUGGGAUUUGCUCUUGGCCCACUUCUUUGGGCUCCCUUCUCCGAACUCUACGGCCGUCAGAUUGUCUUCUUGGGAACGUACAUUGCCUUUACGGCUUUCAAUGCUGGCGCGGCUGGAGCAACGAAUAUUUACGGCCUCCUUAUCCUUCGAUUCUUCGCUGCUGCCUUUGGAUCCAGUCCACUCACAAACGCCGGAGGCGUCAUCGCCGAUUUAUUCUCGGCAAACGAGCGAGGGCUGGCCAUGAGCGUAUUCUCAGCAGCUCCUUUCAUGGGCCCUGUACUUGGCCCUAUCAUUGGAGGCUUUCUGGGUAUGACUGAGGGAUGGAGAUGGGUGAGCGGUCUUAUGGCUAUCUGGUCUGGGGUCAUGUUGGUCAUCGUCACCUGCCUGGUUCCUGAGACAUACCCCCCGGUUCUUCUGAGGCGACGCGCAGAAAGACUGUCCAAGCUCUCUGGAAAAGUCUACCGAUCCCGCGUCGACAUCGAUCAAGGCAAGACGACUCUCGGAGAGGCUUUCUCAACCGGUCUCAAGCGACCUUGGGUCCUCCUCUUCACCGAGCCAAUUGUCCUGCUCUUAUCGCUAUACCAUGCCAUCAUCUAUGGCAUUCUGUACAUGCUCUUUGGGGCCUUCCCCAUUGUCUACCGCAUCGGUCGUGGCUGGAACGAGGGCGUCAGUGGUCUCCCGUUCAUUGCCGUGGCCGUUGGAAUCGUCCUUGCUAUCCUUUACGUCAUCUUAUACGACAACAAGAUGUACAUGAAAAAGGUUGUGGCAUCCGGAAAGGGCUACACAACUCCCGAGGCCCGUCUACCCAUGUGUAUCGUCGGCGGCAUCUUCUUGCCAAUUGGACUUUUCUGGUUCGCAUGGACCAACUCGCCCUCGAUUCAUUGGGCUGCAUGCACAACUGGUACCAUAUUCUUCGGAUUCGGCAUGGUUCUCAUCUUCCUUUCCAUCAUGAACUACCUCAUCGACUCCUAUACCAUCUUCGCCGCCUCUGUCUUGGCAGGAAAUGGAAUCAUCAGGUCCCUCUUCGGUGCAGCCUUUCCUCUUUUCACGUCGCAAAUGUAUGAUCGUCUCGGUAUUCACUGGGCUUCAUCGGUGCCUGCCUUCCUCGCCGUUGCCUGCAUCCCGCUACCAUUCUUGUUCUACAAGUACGGCGAAAGCAUCCGCCAAAAGUGCAAAUACGCGGCUCAGUCCGCUGCAUUCAUGCAAAAGAUUCGCAACGCAGCGGCUGCCAGAGAGGCAAACGGUGCUGAGGAAUUCGACAACGAUCAGGCCAGCGCUGCCACACUACAAGCCGAAGAAGAGGAAGCCGAAGUGCAAGCGCACGAACACGACGAAAAUGAACCAAGAUUCGCUGAGAUGAAGACCGAAAAGGAGGUUGAGGGUGACGACCUAAAGAAGGUGCGCACAGGCCGCUCCACCCGAAGCCGGAGAUCGCAAAGGCGAGCAGAUGAUUACUACGACAAUCCAUACGAGAUUGAUCGUGUCAACACGAGGGAAAGCUUCGCGAGCAGGCCGAGGGCAGCAAGCGGAGCGAGUAGGCGGGGUUGA